ACUUAUUAGUUUUUUUAUUUUUAUUUUGGCAUAAAUGAUAUUGCGGCAUCUUUAGAAUCAAAGAGUAGGAGGAACAGGCAAAAGGAAAUACAAUUGGAAAUAAUAAAAUUGUUUGGGUUUCUUUUUCCUUGUAGUAAAGAAUGGUAGAAUUAGUAAAGGGUUGCCCCGACAUACUUUCCCUCUCUUUCUUAAGAACUUACUGGCCGUUAUGCGCCAACCAGACCUUUUGUUAGCUGUUGUGGCUGUCCUCUAGCGAAUUUGGCGAUCUCGUAACUGGGUAGUCUUUGAAGGAAAGCAGUUUGGGUUCCCAGCUUUGAUGAGGCAGUACAACCAGCAGCUGGAUGAAUGAGUACGUCUCCCAGCUGAUCCGGUCAUGGUUCCGGGAAUCCCUGUGCCGACAUACUUGAGUCCAGUUCAGACUAAUGCGGUAAUAUGUAUGUGGGACGGGGCGACUCGCCAAGGGUCCCACUCGGCGGGUGGGAUGGUAAUCAUGACGUCGGCUAGGGAGAUUCUGGGGGUUAUGGGGGUUCAGUUCCAAUGUAUUGAUGACCCUUUGGUGGUGGAAGUUCUUGCCCUCCGGGAGGCGAUUUGGUGGUGCUUGGAGCAUGGAUUCUCGGCGGUGCACUUUGAAGGAGAUGCCAAGGUCGUCAUUGAUAAAAUCAAUCGGGCAGAGACUGGUGAUACUCGGAUGGGGGUUGUGCUUGAAGAAGUAGUUUCAUAUUUUGCCUUUCAUUCGGGGUUCAGUGUGCGAUUUGUAGGUCGGAGUCACAAUAAGGUAGCCCAUGUGGUGGCUAGAAAAGCCCUUUCAUUGUUGCCGAUUGCGUGUCGUGUUUUUGAUUUUCGGGCCUGGCUGAAUUCCAGGAUGUAACUAUCUUUCUUAUGAAUCAAUAUAUGAUUAUCUUUUGU